AUUUUAGUGUCUCACCAGUGAUUCUAUCAUCAGCUAAUUUUGGAGGCGCUUUGUGAUCUUCCCAAAACAUCGCUCUCGCGAGACUUCGAAUUCCCAGACGAAAUAAAUAUGGCGGCCAAACAUUUGGCGGCUUUUACAAACGAUCGUCAUGAAAACUGCUAAUAAAACACAAACAGGAGGCUAUUUGGGACUUAAACUGUGUUCACAAUGCCAAAGAAGAGGACCAAGUCGGGAAAGGGCACCAAAAGGAAAGUGCACAGUGAUGACAUCUCUCCAUCCACCAGCCUCCCCCCGUUAGUGGAUGGUCAGGUCCGAUGUUUACUGAAAGUGACUGUCAGUAAAGUCAUCUGGACUGUACCAACCCCUCCAGAGGUGGGAUAUGUCAGGCUCAAGUGGUGGGGAGAACAAACAGAUGGCAAUAUUUUCAGGCCUCUUGAUGUGAAGAACCCAAAGAAGGACAUUGUGAAGUCUACCUGCAGAUAUCCCAUCAGAUGUGGACCCAAGCAGUUCUCAGCUUACCUCAAUGAUAUGGCAUCAAUGGUGUUAGAAGUCCUCAGCGGCUCUGACCAGGUGCCUGUUGGACGUGCACAAAUCAACCAGAUAGGACAGCUGGGACCCAACAGGCCCAUCAAUGGGUUCUUUUCUGUGUAUUCACCAGAGCCUGCCAAGAUUGGAGAACUUCAUGUGUCUCUCAUUCUGGAGUCUCUAUUAGCCACAUAUGAUAGCUCAGGAUCCGUCCCCACCACAGACAUGAGUGUGGAUAGCCUGGACCCAGGACAGCUGUCAGGCACACAUCGACCCUCCACUGCCCCUCAGCCCAUCCCAAAGUCUGUCCUAGCUGGAUCUAGUGAUGACCCCUUUACCUCUCCUGCAGUCGGACAUGUCAGAUCAGCCACCCUACCCUCUGACAUCGCUCGCUCAGCACACAGCUCCAGUGAUGAUGUGCGCACACCCAGAGGAGUAGACUCACAGUUGUACAGGAAACAUCCCAGUCAGACCGGCCCCAGCAGCUCUGGUUAUGAUAGAGAUGGUAACACAGCGUUACAGGAGACAUUGGGAGAGGCUAGGCCAAGGAGAGGGGAGUCUGUGAGUGGGACAUCUCUCAGUGAUGGCUCCAAAGUGGAUGAUAGCAGUAUCAAAGCCCCCAUUCCUGGAGACCUGAUCUCAGAGCUGCUUGAUCGCGGCACCAGGCUGAGAGAUGCCAUGGUCAAGGCACAGGUACAGACAGAGGUGGACCUCAUCAGCAACAACAAGCAAGAAAAGCAACACAUACCAGACAGUGUUAGAGACCAUGAAAGAGCUGGCGGAAACCUUAUGCCUGGAGUAGACAGAAGAGAUACAACAGCUGGACAGCUCCUCAAGCAGAUACUACGGGCGGAAAAAGAUGGGAAGAUUUCCACAACAGCUGAUUCUGAUGAUGAAGACAUUGAGGGAAGGGCUGUGGAUCUGGUGUUUGGUGACAACUUGCCAGACAUCAGUGCCCUGAAGGUUUUGGAUGACUCUCCUGGUUCCAGCAUCUCCUUCGAUACUGAUAACAGUGACCCUGGUGACCCCAUACAUGAUGAGAGCCUGCUGAGGGACCUGUUCUAUACAGGAGUGGCCCCCAGUGAGAGCAGUCUGAGUGACUUCUCUACUGAUGAGGAGGACAUCAUUCCACAAGGACAGGAUGGCGAGAAAUCAAGGAAGUCAGAAAAGAGGAGGAAAUCCCUGGAGGAUCCUGGAAACAGGAGACCAGCAUCACGCCAGUCUUCCCUUGACGGCAGUCACCUUAAUGUGUCCAGUGUGACGUCCAAGGGCAAGGCAGAAAGUAGCAGGAAAGAGAACGACACACAUGGAGAAGAGGAGUCCUUGGAUGUGUCCAGGGCCUCCGACAGCUCAAAAGUCUCCUUUGACCUUCCCAUGGACAAUGCAGGUCCCAGUGCUGGUGUUGACGGUCUGUCAGUGGAGAGACUAACCCUACUGGGAAGGGUACACGUAGCUCGAGUUGUGAUCGAGUCACUGCAAGUCAGCACUGGUGAUGACAACAAGCAAAAAUCUACCAAGACAAAAGACAGUAAAAACAAGCUAAGGGGUAGGCCACCCAGACCCUCUCCAAAAAGAGCCAAGAGCACCUACUUCGUGGAGUACCAGUUCCCAGUAGCAGCCAGCUCCAGGGACAAGGGUGGAGCCAGCGCCAUGGCAACAGAGGUCAUGAGGGUCGCAUCCAAGAAAAUGAAAGAUGGAGUUAUUACAUUUGGGCACAGAUCGAUGUUUCCUGUCCAGUUUGAUGGACCCUGUGUGGAACGGUGGUGGAAACAGCCGCUAGAGUUCAAAGUCUUCUGUAGGAACCCUGGUCAAAAAUCUCCAGUCUUAAAGGGAACUUGUAGCCUUCCUUUGAAGUCAGUCUUGAAGUCAGAAGACCUGAGUGUCUUUUGUGACCUUGAGGUGAAAGGUGAAUCCAGGUCAAGGUCAUCAUCCACAACCUCAAGGUCAGAGUCAGAAGCUCUGCAAGAGGGAGGACUAGGACCAUUAAAGGUGUCUGUUGAGUUGGCUUCUGACAGUAAAGACUUCCCCUCGGCUUUGGCAAAGACCAAGUUAGCGGAACUGAAGGGGUCGAAGGUGGUGCCCAUCCCUCAGCCAAAACACAAACCUGUGACUGCAGUGCAAAGGGUUGUUCAAGACAUUGUAGAGAAAGGUGACAAAGCAGCUGUGCAUACAUCCGAUCAGCCACCUGUCCGAGCAACUGUGGGCCAAACAACACCUUCCGAGUCUUCUGCAUCCUUAAAGCCUCCCCUUCCACAACCAGCAUCAAGGCAUGGUCAGACAGGGGAGACAGGCAAUCAUGAGGAGGCCCAGGCUUUGCAUAUGCUGCUGCUCGUCACAGAAGGCCGUAACAUCACGCAGAAGGGGAUUUCCUCUAUGGCUAGCAGGGGCAACAGAGAUCCGUACCCUCCUCCACAGCCAGUUCCUAGAGUGGGACCAGUAGUAUCAGGAUUUCAUGCUGGUUGUGACCUGUCUGUGCGUAACCCGUAUUUGGUGUGUCGGAUGUUCUGGUGCGAUGAAACUGUUCGCUCCAACGUUUCCUGGGGCACCAACGACCCCCGCUUCGACUUCCAUCAAUCAGGCCCCGUCCUGCUCACUCCUGCCUUGCUGGAGCGCAUGAGGAACAACUUCAUGAUAAUCGAGGUCUGGGACAAGAAGACGUCAGCACAAAACGACGUCCUUGUGGGAAUCGUGAAGCUGCCGCUCCACAGCUUGUACAUGUCGUUCCGAGAUAAGCGAAUCACCCAGGCUCUCCUGAAGUCUCAGUACCCUGUGGUGUCAGUCGACAACUACAUGCCAAUAGUGGACCCCUUCACUGGUGUACAGUAUGGGGAACUGAAAGUCCUGUUGGCAAUGGGAGCUGUUCAGCAGGUGACAGAACUACAGAGAAUAAAGCUGGACAGGGAUGAUGUGAUCCUACCUGACAGACCACAGCACCAUCUGCACAGCAGGUCCCAACAGGGUCCUGCCCCCAGUUACCCAGAACCAGGAGCACCCCCAGACCAGACGGAGCACAUCUUCGAGGUGGUUGUGGAGGGGGUGCGUGGCCUGUCCCAGUUUGAGACAGCUGUGUGGGGGGAGGCAGACUGUUUCGUGCAGUAUCACUUUCCUGCCCAGCAACAAACUGCGCAAGCUGGAGGGCCUACUGUUAGACAUGCGAUGAUCACCCUGAAACCCCACAGAACAGUGACCACCCUGUGCGUGCCUGACCCGACGCUGCACCACACGACCAGGCACCGUCUCCAGCUGCCGCAGGGCACCCCUGUGCAGCGGGAGCUGCUCACUGCCUGCGCGGGGGUGGGAGGGGGCGCCGGAGGGAUUCCCUUCGAAGUGUGGUGCAGAUACUACUACCCAAACAUCAGGGACCAGAUCAUUGCAAAGGCCACCCUCCCCCUGGCUAAGCUGUGUGGUAUGGUCACCAUGCACAAGCGAGGAGACACCAGCGUCCAGACGUACGCCCUCCCUCUCACGGCUGUACCAAGCGACGACGAGCCUCAGACCCUAGAACAGCUGGCCAAACUACAGGACAGCGGCCUUCUGGACGUCAGCUUGAACUACAGAACAGCGGCUGUCCACGUGGACAGCACAGGGGCCAUAGGUCAACACGACGGCCUUCUGUCGAGCCCGCAGGUUUGCCUGACUGUGGGGCUGUUGAGAGCAUCAGGGCUGAAGGCUGCUGCGCUGUCCCUGAGCCAGCAGUAUGCAGAUAUGGAGUACCCGGCUGAGGUGGGGGUGAACGUGUACUGCAAGGUGACAGUGUCAUUCCUGUCUCAGGAGGAACAGCGUGUGACGCGUACGGUGGCGCGCACGUUUGCCCCCGAGUUCCAGUAUCACCUGGACUUCCCCUGCCCCCUGGUGUGGACGGACCCCCAGGGUCUGAGGGACGGGGCAUGUCUGGCCGAGCUGCUGGAGGAGGGGGAGGUCGUGCUGCAGUUCUGGCACCAGAUGCCAGGGGGCAGAGCAGACUUGGAGGGUCAGUAUGUUGAUGUCGGCCCCAGGGAGUCCCAGGUAGUGGGCAGACGGCUGUUCCACAGUACGGGGGAUGUUCUACUGGGGACUACAGUCCUGCCACUGGCAGCCCUGCUGCACAACAGGACAGGAUUACAUGGGUGGCACCCCAUCACCCGGCCUCCCAUUGGCUGGGAGAGAGGCGAGGAUAACAUGCAUGACAGUCCUGCAGACCCACCUGACCAAUCACACGACAGUGAUGGGUUACAGCGCGUAGUGGGCGGAGCGGAGCUGUCUGUCAAGUUUGCCCAUGCCGAUGACAGGGAGAGAGUGGUGCAUGCUGGGAGGACCAUGGGCUGGUCUCCAGAGGAUGAUGUGGAGGACCUUUGGAUGGAUGAUGACGACUGCUCCAUGACAAAGACGUGUGAGUUGUUGGUGUCGGUGUCGGAUGUCUGGUUCCCCCUGCACUGUGCCCUUCUGAUUGGUCAGGACAAGCUGGACAAGUCUGCCCGGUGCUACAUACGCUACAAGUUCUAUGACAAAGCACCGACCUGUUCCAAGCCACACCACCUGGAGUUCACCCGAGCAGACUACCUGACCUGUCAGACCAGACACAGCAGGAGGAUGGUGUGUCAGCUCACACAGCCGCUCCACUGGUAUUUUCGUGAGGAGAGGCUUGAAGUGCAGGUGUGGGUGUCCUGUACUUCUGGGAAGGACGUGAGGAGACCGCGGAACAGGGACCGGCUUGUGGGGUCUGCCUACAUCGACCUCUCACCGCUGACUCGUGCACACAGGAGGGCCCUGAGGAUCAGUGGGCAGUACCCUCUGUACAAACCUGGAGUUAGCAACUUGGGCGGAGCCUGCCUCAGGGUACACCUGGAGAUGCAGGUAACAGGAGACCAUGGUGGGGAUGGCAGUGAGUUGUCUGAAGAAAUAGAGGAGGAACUGUCCGAUGAAAAUACAGAGCAUAGACGGAGCCAUGCACUACCCAAGAAGGACAGUAGAACAGACAAGGACAGAGAAGACCAUAUACCUACUCCAGAAGACUCCAUCCCUGCCCACGUGGGUGUGGAAAGAGCCGUGCACCUCUCCUCCAUUCCAGGAGGACACAGUGUGAUUCCAGCCUACUAUGUGACAUUCCAGCCUCUACAAAAAGGGGGCGCUGUUACCACCCAUGUGUCAGAAGGGAAGAACCCCCUGUGGAACUUUGAUGGUGACGUGUACCUUGGGAGAUUUCUCCUGGGUCCGGACCGCAGUCUUGUGUUUAAAGUGUGGCAGAAAACCUCGGAGAAGAAAGAGCCUGAUGUAACACAGGACCGUGUGGUUGGCUUUGCCUCUGUGGACCUGUCUACAUUGUCAGCAGGUCUGCACUUCAUCUCAGGCUGGUACAACAUCAUGGACUUCAAUGGGCACUGCCACGGACAGAUCAAGGUCAGUGUAAUGCCCAAGGAGAGAGUUUCUCCGAGCCGGCAGAGACCCAGCAUGCACCCUCCCCUGAUGUCUGGUCUCCAUGGCUACACCACCACUGCUGCCUAUCCCAUGUUCCCCAGCCACAUCGCAAGGUACCCAGAACAAGCUGUGAAGCUCCACAGUCCAAGUAGACCAAAGCACUUUGCUGAGCACUACCUGAAUGUAAGACAGUACCACAGGAGUCUGCAAGAACAGCAGCAGGAUGGGCAGGAGUCUGGGAUAUUACCACAUCAGGCAGACAGGCAUGAUGUAGAUGGGGACAAAGAGACGCAGCUCAUGGACAGCAAGGAAACAUCCAGGUCACUGCUACUGCAGAAUCUAAGGAAGAACAUGGAAGAGCUAGACCAGCUAAAGGGAAGGAUGCAAAAUCUUCUGACAGGCAAAAGCACAGAGACCACAGACACUACAAAACCACAUGAAGUUGUUGAAUUGCCAAGUUCAGUUUUGUCCGGACAUGGAAGAGAUGAUGACCCAGAGAAUGGAUCUCAUCUGAGGAGGACAUAUGACUUAAGUGACGGUGUGGUACCUGUAGGACAUGAAGAACCAACCAAAACAGAUAACACACCACAUGACCACAACGGUGAUGAUGACGUUCUUUUAGAUACAGUACACAAGGCUGUUGGUGGUUUGUUCAGGUCUAAUUCCUUGGAAAGGGCAAUACGAGAAGCCAACAGUGAAAGCCAAGAUGAGCAACUACCAGGUGUCUAUACAGGAAUGACUCAUUCUCAACGUCCUCAGCCCACCCUCCAACAGUCUCAAGAUGCAAUGCUAUCCCAUCAUGCACAGCUGACAGGUCAGGAUUUUACCGUCCCAGUAGAAGAUGUACGAGGUGCUGAAGGUCAUAGGUCACAGAGAGAUCGACCACACGCAGGUGAAAGGUUAUCCUAUUCUGAGGACGAUUCCAUCAAGUGGGAAGAUAGUAUCCAGUUCAGUGAUGCAGAUGAGGAGGAUGUUGUUCCAGUCAGGCCACUGAAUGAUGUUUCUUCAGCACACUUUGCAAACUGGUCACCAGAAGCAAUCGCCGGUACACAGGAACAAGAGAUAGCACCCACAGACAGACUUGCAGAAGACAAUGGAAAUUUUCCCGGUAAUUCUCUUCCUUUAGAUGAUCCCCACACGUCAUUCAGCUAUGGAGGUUUAGAAGGACCAGUUUUCUCUACCGAUUCAGCCAAAGAAACGCCUCCUGCUGCUCCAGAAAGAGAUCCUCUCCUUGAUGACAUCUUUGAGACGACUCAUGAAGUAGUGAGGUCUGAUGAGGACUCCCAUCAAUCCCAUGAGGGUUUCCCACUUGAAAAACCAGCCGAGCCAGAACAAAACAACCUUGGAGAACAAGCGCUAUCCAUGUUUGAUCAUGAACAUAACAGGGAAAGGACAAAGUCAAUGUCAUCUGAAGGUUCUGGAUCAUUACCUUCUCCUAUUCCUCUGACUCCAGAUGAUAUGGACUCUUUAAAUCAUGUAAAUGAUCAGCAAACAAGAGACAGGACAGACUCCAUGGGCAGUGAUGGGAGUAGAACCAGUGUCCCUCAGACAUCGGAGAACAGGAGGAUGGAAGACAGUCACAGGAGGGGCAGAGAGAGUGACAAGGAAAAUGAUUCGGCUGGAUCAGCUGAAGAGGAUAACAGGAGCCAACCAAGGCUUCGUGUUCCCCCGAUGCCAGUACAAGUCCCCAACUUCUUCCUCCCCCCACAAGACCUGGAGGCGUCCAUGCGAGCCCUGCGAUCAGCCACAGCAGCCGUACCCCAGCCAAGGGGUGCACCUGCACAUGUACAGGAUGGAAGCCAGAGGGCAUAUGUUACAAAGACAGGCCUUGAUGACAGGGUGGCUGAAAGGAAUGGUCAAAGGUCACAGCGACUUCACAGACCACCUAACAGACAAGCUCCCACAGCAGAGGAGGCCAAAAGGAUCGCUAAGAUAUUCUCCUCCAAAUUUGCUGCAUCAUAAGAAGUGAUCAGAAUUAUCUCUAUGGCAACUGUAAUAUUUGGGCACUGUCUGGACGUGUUGCAAGUCAGAA